AUUAAUUCGACAAAUCUGUAAUUCAACAACGUGGGUUCCUAAUAAUAAUAAUCUCUACACAAAAUUCAUCUUACGAAAGGUUUUGAUUUCUGGGUUUGGAUUUGGUAGGUUGAAAAUGUCGAGCUCAGUAGCGAAGGAGACCCAAAGCGGUGCUGGUGAUGAAGGUUUCUCCUUGGAACUCCCAGCUCCUCCUGGUUGGACAAAAAAGUUCAUGCCCAAGAAAGGAGGUACCCCUAAGAAGAAUGAGAUUGUAUUCACCUCCCCAACGGGGGAGGAGAUCACAAACAGAAAACAAUUGGAACAAUACCUGAAAUCGCACCCUGGUGGUCCCGCAAUAUCCAAGUUUGAUUGGGGGACCGGUGAAACUCCAAGGAGAUCAGCCCGGAUUAGUGAGAAAGCAAAGACAACUCCACCACUGGAGAUUGAGCCUCCAAAGAAGCGUAGCAAGAAAUCUUCUGCUUCAAAGAAGGAUGAUAACAAAGAAAAAGAAGUCGGUCCUGAAGAAACCGAGGUGGUGAAAGAAGUUGACCAGCAAGAUGGAGAUAAAACUGAGAAGGGUAAUGCAGCUAAAGAAAUCGAGAAGGAUGUUGUGGAGGAAAAUCAAGAUCAGAAGAACAAAGACAAAACGCAUGGUCUGGAACCAGAAGAAGCUAAGCUUGGAGACGAUGACAUUAAAAUGCCUGAUGCUGAAGAGUGCAAGAAGGAUGGAGAAGCAAAACAGGGUAAUUCAAAAGAGGCUCAGGUUGGAAAAGUGGCUGACGGUUCUGAAGUAACUCAAAAUGAUAAGGGAAAAGUGGAGGAUACAGAUGUUCACGAAAAGGUGGAGCAAACAUCACUCGAAGCUGAGAAACCGGAUACGGCCAUUGUUGAGGAAAAGUGCCAAAUGGAAGGACAGGAGAAAGCAGACCAGACAAGUAAUGAGAAAGAAGCGACAGAGAAGAAAAUUGAGGAACAAAAUACAUUGAUGGACAAUGAGGUAAGCAAGAAGGCAGAGGGAGAAGUGAUUGAGAAUGGCAGCCAUGUCGGCAAGGCUGGUGGCUCCGAGCCUCAAGUUACAAUGUAGAUUAAUUUGGUGCAGGUCCCUUUGGAUGACUGUAGUAUAACUGUUGCUUUAUGAUAGAAUUUCUGAUUGUUCAUGAAGACAUAUGUAUUUAAAAUCAUAGAUUAGGCCUUGUCUGCUCCAGCUUUCGUUCCGUCAAAGUGACACAUAGCAUGCAGAGAUCGAUCUUUGUAACAUUACUACUAUCUUAUGACGUAGAUUAGGGCUUCAAUGCUGGUGAACUUGUAGCUUGCAGAGAUCUAUGUGACAAUUUAGUGUUGAAACUGGUAUUGUAAUAAUAAGUGGUUAUGCAUUAGCUUACUGAUCCUAUUAGCCUC